UCAUACGCGCUAAUGGCAGCAGCAGCACAGUUUGCGCAUCCGGACAGUCUGACCAGAGGGACAGAGACAGAGAAUAAGUAGAGUAACGUGAGGACAGAGACAGAGAAUAAGUAGAGACACGUGAGGACAGAGACAGAGAAUAGGUAGAGAAACGUGAGAACAGAAACACAAGAUGAAAAUAAAGGGACGGAUGAGCUGAAGGCUGCGCGUAAAGACAGAAACUGGGGGAAAAAACUUCGCGCUUCGGCAGUGAAAGAAAAAAGAGAAUCAGCAGUAGGUGAGAUUUUGCUUUUCCUCCCUCUGCAGCAUGGAGGAGUCCGGAGGGUCUCUCGCUCUGGCCAAAUCAGCUGCUCAGAAACUUUCCGAGAGGACAAAGCAGCUCGGCGGUGCGGUGCACGACCCCGAGCGCCAGCGGAGGAUUAUCUUAGUGAUCGUGUGCGUGGCGCUGCUCUUAGACAACAUGUUGUACAUGGUGAUCGUGCCGAUUAUCCCAGAUUACUUGGCCGACCUGGAGAGCGAAAAUGAGGCAAAGACACACAGUAACACCACUGUCAGCACCAAGGAGAACCUGGAUGUAAAGAUAGGAGUUCUAUUCGCCUCCAAAGCCAUUGUCCAGCUUCUUGUGAACCCUUUAUCGGGGACAUUUAUUGACCGAGUGGGUUACGACAUCCCGCUCCUGAUUGGGCUAACGGUCAUGUUCUUGUCCACCAGUGUGUUUGCAUUUGCUGAAAACUAUGUCACAUUGUUUAUGGCACGCAGCCUACAGGGUCUUGGUUCAGCGUUCGCAGACACCUCAGGCAUCGCCAUGAUCGCUGACAAGUACACAGAGGAGGCAGAACGCAGUCGUGCACUCGGUAUUGCCCUGGCAUUCAUAUCAUUUGGCAGCCUCGUGGCACCACCGUUUGGUGGAGUGCUGUAUGAGUUCGCCGGCAAGCGUGUACCAUUCAUCGUGUUGGCAUGCGUGUGUCUAGCUGAUGGUUUCCUGCUGCUCACUGUGAUCAAGCCCUUCUCAGAUCGGUCACGUGAGAACAUGCCCGUCGGCACUCCCAUCCACAGGCUCAUGAUGGACCCAUACAUUGCAGUGGUGGCAGGUGCACUUACGGUGUGCAAUGUGCCACUGGCCUUCCUCGAACCCACGGUGUCCAACUGGAUGGAGACCACGAUGCACGCCAGUAAAUGGGAGAUGGGCAUGACAUGGCUGCCAUCCUUCUUCCCACAUGUUCUGGGCGUGUAUAUGACGGUCAAACUGGCAGCCAAGUACCCACACCUGCAGUGGUUCUACGGUGCUCUGGGCAUGGUGAUCAUCGGUGCCAGCUCAUGCACCGUGCCAGCCUGCAAGAACUUCGGACAGCUCAUGAUGCCGCUGUGCGGUAUCUGCUUUGGGAUCGCACUCGUCGACACGGCGCUGUUGCCCACGCUGGCCUUCCUCGUUGACGUCCGUUACGUGUCUGUUUAUGGCAGCGUAUAUGCCAUAGCAGACAUCUCAUACUCUGUGGCCUAUGCCAUGGGGCCCAUUGUGGCAGGGCAGAUCGUGCAUAACCUGGGGUUUGUCCAGCUCAAUUUGGGCAUGGGCCUCGUCAACAUGCUCUAUGCUCCCGCUCUGCUUAUGCUGCGCCACGUCUGCCAGAUGAAGCCGUCCUUCUCUGAGCGGAACGUGCUGCUGGAGGAGGGUCCCACAGGACUCUAUGACACCAUCAAGAUGGAGGAACGCAACUUGAAAAGGAAAGGACUGAGCACCACCACAAACAUCAACACUACAACCAGUGCUCUGCCCAUUGAGGACGGAUUCGGAUCGAGAUCGUUCUCAGAGGAGGAGUCGUCCGGACCAGAGUACACUUAACAUCAUACUCUUACAUUCUCUAUAAAGGUUAGAGAAGGAGUGAGAGAAGGUUCUUUACACAUGAAUACAUUCCAUAAUACAUAUUAAAUGAUGUAAGUUCCUGAAACAAAUUCACUUUGUUUCUCAUCUAAUUAUAAUGAUUUGUUCUUGGAGGUUUUUAACAACGGGUCACAGAUGAUACUGAAGCGGAAAAAAACCCUUAAAGGAUUUUCACAUGUUUGGUUCCAUAAGUAACAUUUUUUAUGUCUUUAUCCAUGUAGUAUCGGUGCCAUAAAGAACCUAAGAGCAAACAGGUACUUUGGGAAUGCUGCAUAUUUAUUAGUUUACUUAAAGGACACUAUUUUUUUAGAGAGGUUUCAACACAGAAACCUUCACAGAGAAAAACUGGCAAACAUCUGACCUUUUUUUUAGUAGUCUUUUAUA